UCGGAUUCAUAAUAAUAUAAAAAUUGUUAUAUUCUAUGGUACACCUAAACCAUUUUUUUAAAAGUAUUCUUGUAUCAAAAGUGGAAUAAAUCUAAAAUUCGUUUAAUUUAUUUCAUCCUACGUAUUUAAUUACAGCGUGUUAUGUUUGUCCGAUAAAUAAAUCAAAAAUGUCAUAGUUUCAAUGAUUGAUCCAACACUACAAAAUUAUUUUAUUCUAUUAAAAUAUACAUUGUAACUGUGGAAUAUGUCAACUCAAGGAAAUGUUAAUUUCAGUUUAUAACAAUAAGUCCAAAUAAACUAAAUUAACCAGAAAUAUGAUUCAUGUAUCAGAAGCUAUAAUAAUGGAUGAUAUGUGUAAGAAAAAAUCUAGACUAUAUUGUAUACCAACAGUUAAAGAUACGAUUCAAAUUUCAAAUAAACCAAUUAUAAAACCACCAAUUCCAACAAAAAAUGAAACAAUUCUGCUUAAUGAGCAAUGUAACCUUCCAAAAAAUACUAAAGCUAUAGAAACAAAAUUAUUUAUUGAAAAAAAGAAAAAAGAAAGAACUGAAAAAUGUAAAUUAGAUAUAUUAGAGAAAAAAAAAUUGGCAGAAGAACGAAAAAAAAAAUUAGAUCAGUUACAAAAAACUACGAGAGAACUAGUUAAAGCUUCUAUCAAACAAAAAACUACCCGUGUUGAAGACGAAAGUAAAAUUGGUAUUAAUUUACCAACUGAAUCAAAUGAUCCUAAAAUGGAUCAAACGUGGUCACCUCUACCAUCUAAAGUUAAAAGUCAUAAAAAACCACCAGAAUCUAUUAGAAAUGUACAAAAGAAGUCAAUAAAACAUUUUAAAGUUACAAAGGAAAAUUCAAAUGAUACAAAAGAUGUGGAUCAAACAUGGUCACCUCCACCGCCCGCAGUUAAAAGUCUUAAAAAACCAUUAGAAGCUCUUAGAAAAGUACAAAACAAGUCAAUAAAAGAUUUUAAAAUUACAGAUAAAUGUACAAAUGAUAUAAAAGAUAUUAUAAGUUCAUGCACAUCUUCAAAAACAGCAAAUAAAAUUUCAACAACAAAAUUAAUUGAGCAAAAACCUCAAAAACGUGAAGUUACCAAACCUGAAAAUUUAUUAUCUAAAUUAAUAUCUAAUGAUGAUUAUGAAUUAUUUAAUAAAAAUUUAUUUGAUAUUUCCAUGCCUAAGCUAAUUGAUACUGAUAUUUUUUUCGGUCAACAAGUUAAUAACAGUGGUAAGGAUAUUGUUUUAAGAAUAUUAAAAAUAUAAAAAUUAAUAUAAUAUAUAUUUUUAGUGACCUUUUCAAAUGAAUCAUGCCAAGAAAAUGAAAAACAACCAGAUGAUGAUGCUUAUUUAGAUAGAGAUACAUUGAUUAUGCCUGACAUUAAUUUGAGUACAAAACCUUUAGACAUUGUAAAUAAUAGUACUAAAUCAUAUACAGGCUUACAAUUGCCUAUUAAAUCACACGAGGAAAUUAUGCUAAGUAUUGACCAUCUAGAAGAGCUUCAAGAAUUAUUGUUAGAUCAAUGUUUGCCAGUUAAAACGUGUAAUUCAGAAUCCACCCAAACUGAGCAUUGUAAUAAUAUAUUAUCAAUGUUGACUUCAAAAUGUCCACCACCUGCAAUGAAUUUUAUUUCAAUAUUGAAAUCUAAACUUAAUUUACAACAAUCAAAAAAUAAUAAUUUGGAAUUCAGUGAACCUACUGCUGAUUUAAGUAUAAAUGAAUGCACAAUUGUAAAUAAUUUGAAUUCUAAUAAAAUCAAUAAUCUUGAUUCUACUGAACUUAAUCAACUAGAUGUAAAUGUAUGCGAUGAAGAGACAAAUUUACCAAAUAUUAAUCGUAUUGAACCAAAAAACUGUUUAGCUAGCUAUACAACUUCAUUAAUCGAUGAAGGAAUUAAGCCAAAGUCUAAUAACCCAUUUUCAAUUGAAAUUAUUGAGAAUAAUAAUCGUGAAGAAAAAGUAAAUACAAUAAAUAAUGACAAAUUAUUUACUAAAUUGAAUAUAAUAACUAAUGAAGAUAUUAAACAAGUUGUAAAAAAACUUAAUUAUGACUUUGAUUUGUUAACAAAAAAUAAUUGUUGUAAUUAUUCAAAUAAUUUACGUAAUACUUCCAUAAAUUUACAAUUUGAUGAAAAUAAUACAAAUAAUAAAUCGUCUCAUUGUUUUUCUGAAAUCCAUGAUGAAUUCCAAGCGGAACUUGAUACUCUGGACCAAUUAAAUGACUCCUUAUGUGAUAUAGAAAGAAUGAGCUGUGACAUGUCAAUUAAAACUAAUGAACAAUCUAUCGAACUGAAUGAUCACUCUAAUUCUAAUAAUGAUAGUGAUAUUGCUGCACCUUUUUCCAAACUAAAUGCUUUAUCGUCAAAUAUGAUGGGUGUAGAUAAAACAAUAACUGGCUUUUCUAUUCAAAUGUUUGAACAAUUAAUGAAGGAUGAAAAACUCAGGGCAAAACAACACCAUACUAUACUUAGUUUGAGGGAAAAAUCUUUAACUAAUCGUUUAAAGUGGGAAAUUACUAUGUAUGACCUUCAAAUUAAAAAUUUCAAAAACAGACCCAGUUAUGAAAAACAGUUUCAAUUGUUCAAACAAAAACAAAGAGGUACUGUAAAAAAGUUAGAACACUCCUUGUCGCAAGUAAAACGACUUGGUAGAGUAAUUGAUUCAGUAUAUAAGCAACGCUUUAUAAUGCUUGAAGAACAUAUUCAACAUUUAAAAAAUGAAUCUUCUUCCAAAAAAAUUAUACGUAAAUUAAAAAGCUUAGAUCAAUUUCCAAAGAAAGAAGAUCAUAGUUGUCAGUCAAUUAAUUCUCAUGUUUAUAAGCAAUUUUAUAAGUCUGAUGAUUUUUAUAAUAUUGAUAGUAAACAUGAUAAAAUUAAUCCAAUUGAAUCAAAAAAUAAUACUUUACCAUCAAAGUUUGAAUUAAAUAAAUCUAAAAUUAUUUUACGAAAUCAAGCAACUAGUCCUAUUAGUAUUGAAACUAAUAUUUUAGAUCAAGUUCAAAAUGUUGAAGUUCAAACAGAUGUUAGACAUUCUUCACAGUCUGUCAUUGAUAAAGCUAUACAAACCUCUAAAACAAAAUGUAACUAUACCAAUAAUGAAAAUAUACAAUCAAUUAAUUCUAUUGAUUUAUCUUAUAAAAAUGAAAUAUUUGAUACGAUUGAAACCGAGGAUAAAAGAUCAUUGUCGCCGAUUUUAUCAACAAGUACUGUUAAACUGAAAAAACAUAUUUCGGAUACAUCAAAUAGUACAAAUUCAGAACAGAGUGAUAUGGAUACACGGAUAAUAACUUUACAAGAACAACUUGAAGCUAGAAAGUUAGAAUCUUUUAGAUUGAAAAAAGAACAAAAAAAACUUAGAUUAGAAAAUCUUAAAGCUAAAGAACAAGAUCUUUUGAAACAGAUAAAUUUAUACGACAAGAAAAUUGAAGAAUCGAGAAAAAGCUUGAUGGUUGAAAUUAAGAAAAAAAGUAUGCACGAAUCAAAGUCUUCAUUAAAAAACCAUUCUUCUUCAACAAAUUCUAGUUGUUCUAUUCAUCAAAAUGUAAUUAAUAAUGAAAAUGUUGAUAAUCAAUAUAUGGAUGAAUCAGAUAGAAUAACAUUGAUAAAUGGGAAGACAUAUUUCUAUCCAAUUGCAACUGAUACGUCAUGUGAUCAUAGUAUAUCUCUAAAUAAAACAGUAAAUGAAUUACAAAAAAAAAAUAUUAAUGAAUCAAAGAAAAAUCAUAAUAAUAUGUAUACAAAUAAUUUUGAUUCAGUGAAUAUUGAUAGUUAUAAACUUACAGAACAAUCAUUUCAAUCGUUAGAAUCAAUUCCAGUUUUUGAAGAUACACAGUUACAUGAAAAACAGACUGUAAAAGAAGUAAAUACUUCAAAAAAAUCUAACGAAAUUGAAACUGAAGUAAAUAUUCUUUUAAAAUCUCAACCUCAGAAUACUUUAAACAUUCAAACAUCAAAUAAUGUCAAAGUAAAUUUAAAGAAAGAAACACAUUUGUGUGAAGUAAAUGAAACAAUUGACAAUGGUAUACAUUUAGAUAUUGCUUCAUGUAAGUAUUCUAUUUCAAAUCACAGUAUGUCAGAAACUUCAAAUAACCAAGAACCAUAUCUAAAAAUAGAUAAUAAAAAGUCACUGACUAUUCAUGACAAUAUUAACUGCUCCGAUACAACAAGUUUAUCUGAUAGGAGUGCUAUUCAAAGAAAACUCUUAGUUAAUUUAAACAAAAAUGAUACUGAUGUAUGUGAAAAGCUGGAAAACAGUGUCAGUCAAUUUGAGGUACCUAAUCAUAAAAUUGGAUUAGAUGAUAUUUAUAGUUCAGAUUUUACAUCAGAUGAUUAUACAUCGGACUUUCAAGGGUCAUAUCAAUUUAAUAAAAAUGAUAAUAUCGUAGAAUUAAACGACAGUGAACAAAGUAAUGAAACUUCUUAUGAAGAAGAAAGAAGUGAAGGAGAAAUAAUGUUCGAGGAUAAAACAUUUAUUGAACAAUAUUCGGAUGAUUAUACUAAUUUUGUUCAAAACGAUAAUUCUAAUGACGAGAAAGUACAUGCUAUUACUACUAAUAUUUUUAACUGUCUUCUGAAAGAUACAAAAAAAUCACUGAAAUCUAAUAUGAAUAAAUCGUUAUUUCGUUCAGAAAAAAAAGAUCUUAAUAAUUUAACUGAAGAAACUCCAUUAUUAUUGAUCUUAAAACGUGAAGAAGAGAAUCAAAACCGGAUUAUUCUUUCGGAGCAAGCAACAAUUAUUUCAGACGUACUUUUUAAGCAACAUUUCCAACCAAUUUUUACCGAAAUGCUUCAAAUGUAUUUACCUAGAUUAAAUGAAAUAGAAAUGGAAAAAUUAAAAGUAUAUUUAAAGUGGUCUUCUUCUAAAAAAAAAAAACUGAAAUUAUCAGAAUGUUUAAAUUUUAAACACAAAAUUAAUGAUGUUGACAAUGAAAAAUCAUUUGAAUUGUUUUAUCAAAAGUAUCUAGAGCAGAAGAAAUCUCAAACUUUUCAAGAUGAAAGUAACGAUGUCAUGCUCAGUCAUACUCAACAAGAAGCAGAAAAAUUAAAACAAGAACAAAUACGUAUUGAAGAAGAAAUUGAACGUCUUCGCAUGUCCGAAGAAGCACAAUUUUUUCUAAGAGAAAUACCUAACAAGCCACCACCCCCUUACAAGAGUCCCACAAAAAUUAAAGCACUUAUUGACAUACCUUAUACAUCUGAUGAAGUUCACAAAAUAGUUUUAACAGCUGCUAAUCAAGUAUUCAAUGGUUCUCAAAGCCCAUUAUCAAAUGACUUUAUUAUAGAUUCAGAUUCAGUUUUACAUGCUGAUUAUAAAAUAUUGAUUUUUGAUUACUGUAAAGAAAUUGCAAAUGACUUGUUUAUUGAUGAAACAAAUUUACCUUUAUGGAAAAGAUCUAUUAAAGGAUUGAAAAAUUUUAGGGCAAAACCAAAAAAUCCUAAAGAUUUAAGUGAUAUAGUUAUAAAAAAAAUGAAUCAGAUUAUUGACCUAGAUGAGUGUGAAGAGAAAGUAAAUAAAUUUGUAGUAAAUCAAAUGCACGAAGAGGAUAGUAAAUGGACUGAUUUUCAAAUGGAUGAAUUAGAAAUACAAAAUAAUAUAGUUCAAAGUUUGAUGAAAAAAUUGAUUUGCGAUACAAUUACAAAUACCAAAACUAAUUUUUAUUUGAAAUUUAUUUAAGAAAAGUUUUAUUUAGCUUAAUUGAUUUUAUAUAUUAUAUAUAAACUAUUUGUGUAUAAUAUAUAUUUUUUUAUAUAUUAUUAUUUAUAUAUAUUUGAAUUUUUUUUUACAUUUAUAAUUGCUAUUAUUUUUUUAUUUUAUUUAUAAGAAUUUUCAAAACCGUUUUAUGUUGAAUAUGUUCUGUUUGUAAAAUUAAAAUAAAAUUUGUAUUACAAACACCAAGGAUAAACCAUAAUUAUAUUUAUAUAACAUUUACUGUAUUAGAAUUAUUAUUUACAGCAUCUCUUUCUAUUGAAUGCAGUGCUACGUUAACCAAUAUAGCAAUAUGUUAUAUUAUGUAGAUGACUCUUUCUGUUGCGAUUAGCAUAGGCCUAGAUAA